GAGCAAUACACAGAACAGGAAGAGAGAGAGAGAGAGAGAGAGAGAGAGAGAGGCAGAUUCUUCCUUUUUCUAAGGCAAUUGUAAUUUCUUCUAACCAACAAAACGUGCAGAAGAUAGAGACAAAUAUAUAUAUAUAUAUAGAGAGAGAGAGAGAGAGACAGAGAGAGAGAAGAAGAAGAAGAAUGGACAGAGAGAGUGAAAUGAAGCAAUCCAAGUUCAAGAGGGUUUGUGUCUUCUGUGGGAGUAGCCAGGGGAAGAAAAGUAGCUACCAAGAUGCUGCUAUUGAGCUUGGCAAGGAAUUGGUUUCAAGGAACAUUGAUCUGGUUUAUGGAGGUGGAAGUAUAGGCUUAAUGGGUUUGGUUUCACACGCUGUUCAUGAUGGUGGUAGGCAUGUCAUUGGAGUUAUUCCCAAGACGCUCAUGCCUCGAGAGUUGACUGGUGAGACAGUAGGGGAAGUGAAGGCAGUUGCAGAUAUGCAUCAAAGGAAAGCAGAGAUGGCUAAGCACUCAGAUGCUUUUAUUGCCUUACCUGGUGGUUAUGGGACUCUUGAGGAGCUACUUGAAGUGAUAACAUGGGCUCAACUAGGCAUACAUGAUAAACCGGUGGGAUUGCUGAAUGUGGAUGGAUACUAUAAUUCACUACUGUCAUUUAUUGACAAAGCCGUGGAAGAAGGUUUCAUAAGUCCAAAUGCCCGGCACAUCAUUGUAUCUGCUCCAACAGCAAGGGAAUUAGUCAAGAAACUAGAGGAGUAUGUUCCUCGCCAUGAACGAGUUGCUUCGAAGUUGAGCUGGGAGAUAGAGCGGCUUGGUUACCCUCAAACAUUUGAAAUUUCUAGGUGAAAAUGGAUUUUGCUUCUUAGAAAAGUGUAGUAGAUGGAGAUGUUGCAAUGCAAAAAAGGCUAACUUAAAAAAGAAAAAUAUGAUAUUUUUGAUUUGAAGGGAAUUUUUUUUUUUUGUAAAUUAACGCUGGAAAAUGACCUCAGUAUGAAGUUUGACUACUCCCUUCAAAUGGAAGUUUGGUUUCCUUUUUUAAGUUGUAACUUGUAAGUACUAGAUGCAUAUGAAAUUUCCUUUUUAAUUGUAACCAUUGAAGUAUUUUCCUU